AUGGCCCCACUCAACACCGCGGUCAUCGGCUACGGCUUCUCCGCAAAAACAUUCCACAUCCCAUUCAUCCUGCACAACCCCGGAUACCGCCUAUAUUCAAUCGUGCAGCGGUCUCCCACCGAUAAGAAUUCUGCGAAGAGGGAUUUUCCGGACGUUAGGGUUUAUCAUGAUGCAUAUGAGGCGAUCAACGAUCCGAGUGUGGAUGUCGUUGUUAUUACCUCGACGAAUGGGACGCAUUUUCCGUUGGCGAGGGAUGCCUUACUCGCUGGGAAGCAUGUCAUCGUCGAGAAACCAUUUACGGUCACCUACGCCGAGGCCGCUGAGCUGGUCGAGCUUGCGAACAAGACGGAGCGGAAACUCGCUGUUUACCACAAUCGGAGAUGGGACUCGGACUUCCUAACCAUCCAAUCCCUUCUAACAAGCCCCACUAACCCGCUCGGCGGCAUCAUUCGCUUCAGAUCGCACUUUGACUGCGCGCCGAAUUCGAGAACAGCAAUUGAAUCGCGGACGUGGCGCCUUGCAAGCGGGGUUCCGGGGGCCGGAAUGCUCUUCGAUCUCGGGAGUCAUUUGAUCGACCAGGUCGUCGUUCUUUUCGGGGCGCCGAGGACCGUGAAUUGUACCCUGUUUGACGAGGCUGGUGGGAAGAGUAUUAACGAUGAGGGGUUCGUGGAUGACGGGUUUCUGAUAAUUCUGGGGUAUGGCAAGGGGUUAACCGCCGAGCUACAUUCGACACAAUACUGCGUAAGCAACCAGCAAAAGCGCUUCGAGAUCCUAGGCCGAAACGGUCGAUGGAUCAAAUACGGCCUCGAUUGCCAAGAAGAGCAGCUACAAAAUGGGAUUCUUCCUGGUCACGAGCAGUAUGGGCUUGAGCGGGCUGAAAACCGAGGUACCCUCCAAGUCGUCGAUGGGACCGAAAUCAGAUCAGAGGAAUGGGAGCCUUCACGCGGCGGAUACCAGCAUUUCUACGAGAACGUGCGUCAGGCGAUUACAGGGGAAAGCGAGCUAGCCGUUCGUCCUGAACAGGCUGCGCUGGUCAUGCGGCUCAUUGAACUGUGUCGAAAGAGUGCGGUGGAGGGGCGGACGCUCGAUGUGGAUCUCUAG